CGAGACAUCUGCAGUGAUACCAAGUAAGAAACAGGACAGCACAGAGCCCAACUGCACCAUGACGCGCAUCUCAGUGCACUUGAGCAAAAAUAACAUUAUACCAUCUCACCAUAAAACGCAUCCUGUUAUGACGAUGAUCUUGUGGCUGGCAACCAUUACCUGCACAUUGCUGUUUCUUUCACCCAUUGUGGCCACCUUCCCAGCUGACAAAGAGAAAGGACGGAGGAGAGUGGUUCACGUAAUGGAGGAUGAAACAGGGGCAGUCGUAGUCCAGACUGCUCCAGGUAAGGUGGUCACUCAUCGUGGUGGCACUAUCACCCUUCCAUGCCGCUUCCACCAUGAACCAGAGGACGUAGAUCCUUUCCGCAUUCGCAUCAAGUGGACAAAGGUUUCUGAUGCUUUCCAGUUCGAAGAUGUGCUUGUUGCUUUGGGCCGACAACAGAAAGAGUUUGGGUCCUAUCAUGGCCGCGUGACUCUGGAGCGGGCUGGAUCAGGAGACGCCUCAGUUAUAAUUCACAACGUCACCUUGCAAGACUAUGGUCGCUAUGAGUGUGAGGUCACCAAUGAUAUGGAGGAUGACACAGGAUUUGUCAAUCUAGAGCUUGAAGGUGUGGUAUUUCCAUAUAACCCUCCAUCUGGACGCUACAAGCUGAACUACCACCAAGCGGAGGAAGUCUGCAGGCAGCAGGAUGCUAUUCUGGCCUCCCACGCACAGCUGCACAAGGCCUGGCUUGAGGGGCUUAACUGGUGCAAUGCCGGCUGGUUAGAGGAUGGCUCAGUCCAGUACCCCAUCUCCCAUCCUCGAGACCAGUGUGGCCGCAAAGACAAAGCCCCUGGUGUCCGCAACUAUGGAUACAGGCACAAAGAUGAUGAAUGCUAUGAUGCUUUUUGCUUUACCUCGAACCUUAAUGGACGUGUUUACUUCCUCAAACGAUUUAAGAAGGUGAACUACCUGGAGGCUGUAAAGGCUUGUCAGCGUGAUGGUUCAGUAAUAGCUAAGGUUGGACAGCUAUACGCUGCCUGGAAGAUCCAGCUCUUGGACCAGUGCGAUGCAGGGUGGGUGGAGGAUGCAAGCAUCCGUUACCCCAUCGUCAACCCCCGGACCCGCUGCGGGGGCCCAGAGCCCGGUGUCCGAAACCUUGGUUUCCCUGAUAAGAAGUUCCGCCUGUAUGGGGUCUACUGCUUCCGCAAGAACACUGAACCCCUUGACAUCAAUCCAACGCAGGUUCCUCAAAAAACAACAUUUAAACCAACUAACAGCACCAGAAGAAUCUGAGUGAAGCAAAAUACUAGUGCUCUGUUAAUUGCAUCAUCCCUGAAAGCGCAUGUACAUCACCCAGACGUCUAUUUGAUGUUUAGCAGAUGUUAAUUAGAUUGUGAUGCUUUCCAGAUGAAAACAGACAUCUCGGAGUUAUAAGUGUGCUAUCUGUGAUUGCUUCCAUGUUUAGCCAAAAAUGAUUGACAAACUAGGCUUUUUUGCACACCUGCUAGGCUACCAGGCAGCUAGGCUAACUGAACUCUGACAUAACUGUGAUUGUGUUAUUUUCGUCUUGUGCUUGAAAUGAGGUGUUCUUUAUCUCAAAAUUGAGAAAGUUUGCUACUUUUGCCUCAGAGGAUUGUAACUAGGGAAGCAUAUGCCACAGCUAAUUAGCGCCAUUGUUUCUCGUUAUACCUUGCAUGAAGAGAACACAAAAAUUCGCUAUGAGUUUUUGUUGUUGUUGUUAGCCUUGCUGUGUCCCAAGGAAUACAAAAAAGUUAGAAGUAAUUUAAUUAGCACAAAAAAUGUUGGAGAGAUAAUUUAGCCUUAUAAUGAGCAUAACGCAUAAAGAAGAGUCCUCAAAGGCCUGAUGAAAGCGAUAAGGGCUGAAACUUGCAUCAGGUGCUAGCAUGAACCUGGUCUGACUAGGCUUAGCAUGUUAAUUCAAAUGAACUUUCAAAGUUGUUAACAUCUGAGCAAGUAGCAAAACUUAAAUUACUAUGCACAAGACGCUUUCACAUUUUGAAUGAUCCUGCAAGCAAUAACAGAAUUAUUAGAAUUUAGAUGUUUAAUACACUGUCAAAGCUUAAAGUAAGCUAUUCUUUUACAAUAUCAUUAAUGACUUACAUAAGCUUCUUUACUACCUCUUAGUGGUUGACAAUUGCACUAUCCAUUAAAAUAUUGCACAAUGUUGUCUAUGAUGAUACAUUUUAGAUUAAAGUUAACCUGUGUGUGUUUGCCUCUCAA